CUCAAUCAACGGUCAGUACCAUUCUACUAGAACCUUCUCUUUCUUCUCUCGCCUAUAUCAUCGCCCUCAUCUCCCCAAGUGAGCGUGUGCCCUGCUCGUGCUACCGAUUGGAAACCUAAUCUCUCUUUUACCAUAUUAUUUCACUGCGUCUUCUUCCAAGAAACGUGCAACAAGAUGACCAAGUGUUACCCGACUAUUAGCGCUGAAUACCAAAAGGCCGUUGAGAAAUGCAAGAGGAAGCUCAGAGGUUUCAUUGCCGAUAAGAAGUGUGCUCCUCUCAUGCUCCGUAUCGCAUGGCACUCAGCUGGUACUUUUGAUGUGAAGACAAAGACUGGCGGUCCAUUCGGGACUAUGAAGCAUCCUGCUGAGUUGGCUCACGGCGCAAACAAUGGUCUCGAUAUUGCCGUUAGGCUUUUGGAGCCUAUCAAGGAGCAGUUCCCUAUCCUCAGCUAUGGUGACUUCUAUCAGUUGGCCGGUGUUGUUGCUGUUGAAGUCACUGGUGGGCCUGAAAUCCCCUUCCACCCUGGAAGAGAGGACAAGCCUGAGCCACCUCCGGAAGGACGUCUUCCUGAUGCCACCAAGGGCUCUGAUCACUUGAGGGAGGUUUUUGGCACCAUGGGCCUCUCUGACCAGGACAUUGUUGCUCUCUCUGGUGGUCACACCCUGGGUCGGUGUCACAAGGAGAGGUCUGGAUUUGAGGGAGCUUGGACUACUAACCCUCUCAUCUUUGACAACUCUUACUUCAAGUUACUCUUGGAAGGAGAAAGGGAUGACCUUCUGCAAUUGCCUUCUGACAAGGCCCUUCUGACUGAUACUGUUUUCCGUCCAUUGGUCGAUAAAUAUGCGGCGGAUGAGGAUGCAUUCUUUGCUGAUUACGCUGAAGCCCAUCUCAAGCUCUCUGAACUCGGAUUUGCGGAGGCAUAAGAGAGGGGGGAUGACGGCAACCAGCUGAUGGUAUGACGCGUGGCUUUGACGUUCGAAUGUUUUUUAUUUCUCACAAGAGUUGAUGGUUGUGUUUUGAAAAAGAAGUUGGUUAGAAUGUUAUGGUUCUAGUUUCGAUUAAUAAUAAAAAAUAUAUAUUGGACUUGAGAUA